GGGGAACAGGAUGUGUAGGCAACAACUGUGGGUAUUUCACAAUCAGUGUACACGCCCUGCUGAAAAGGAAGGUGGAAUAUGCUUUCGGUUUCAUAGCACACAUCAAGGCUGACAGAGACAGAUCAUGGCCGACAAGGUCCUGAAGGACAAGAGAAGGCUGUUUGUCCGGUCAGUAGACAUGGGGACCAUCAAUGGGUUGCUGGAUGAACUCUUUGAGAAAAGAGUGCUGAACCACGAGGAGAUGGAGCGAGUGCGGUGUGCACACUCUACAGUUAUGGAUCAGGCCCGAGUUCUGAUUGACUCUGUCCUUCGGAAAGGGCCAAAUGCAUGCCAGAUUUUUAUUUCUAAUAUUUGCAAUGAGGACAUUCACCUGGCACAGACGCUGGGGCUCUCCUCAGGUUCACUAUCUGGAAAUGAUCAUACCAAACCAGACUCUCAAGUAGAAGUUCCUUCUUUACCAGAAGACAAACACGACAAAAAUCCAUUUAAGAUUUUGGAAACUGUGGGCAAAGAACUCAUUACUGGUGUUUUGCAUGGCUUGUUGGAAAAAGAUAUCCUGAAAUUGGAGGAUGCAGAAAAGAAAACAUUUUAUGAUGCCAAACCUGAAGACAAGCCCUGGGUCAUUCUGAACUCUGUGCGACAGAAACGCCAGGAGGCAGGUCAAGCCCUUGUCCAUACUUUCAUUAAUACGGACAAAUAUUCCACCAGUGUAGAAGCCUUCGUGGAAAACAUGCCUGGGCUAAACAUUCCUGACUCAGAAGAAUCUACAGAUACUCUCAAGCUUUGUCCUCCUGAAACAUUUGUGAAAAUGUAUAAAGAGAAGGCUGAAGAGAUCUACCCAAUAAAGGAGAGAAAGGAUCGUACUCGUCUGGCUCUCAUCAUAUGCAAUAUAGAGUUUGAUCAUCUUUCUCCCAGGAAUGGAGCUGAACUUGACAUUGCAGGAAUGGAGAGUCUGCUGGAGGGCCUGGGCUACAGUGUAGAUGUGAAACGGAAACUCACUGCUAAGGGUAUGGAAUCAGUGCUACGGGAAUUUGCCGCCCGCCCAGAGCAUAAGUCCUCAGACAGCACAUUCUUGGUGUUAAUGUCUCACGGCAUCCUGAAUGGAAUCUGUGGGACCGCACACAGUGUGGAAAAUCCAGAUGUACUAGCUUAUGACACCAUCUUCCAGAUUUUCAACAACCGUCACUGCCUCAACCUCAAGGACAAACCGAAGGUCAUCAUCAUCCAGGCCUGCAGAGGUGAAAAUCCUGGGGAACUGUGGGUCAGCGACUCUCCAAAAGCCUCGACAGACAGCUGGACACAUCAACCUCUGAUGCUUGAGAGCGAUGCCAUUCACAAGGUCCACGUAGAGAAGGACUUCAUUGCUUUCUGCUCCUCGACCCCACAUAAUGUGUCCUGGAGACAUAUCACAAAGGGAUCUCUUUUCAUUGCACAACUCAUCACAUGCUUCCAAAAAUAUUCCUGGUGCUGUCACCUAGAAGGGGUAUUCCGGAAGGUACAACAAUCAUUUGAAAAACCAGAUGUGAAAGCCCAGAUGCCAACCAUUGAACGAGUAUCCAUGACAAGAUAUUUCUAUCUCUUCCCUGGCAAUUGAAAAGACUAAGUAUCAAGAGCUGUUAGCAGGCAAUCAUGGGCAGUCCAGCUCUUCUUGACCAACUUCAAAAAAUACCUUUGCUACCAUAGCACACUCAUGUAACCUUUCCUAUUUCAAUAAAAACAAAAGCAAAUGAA